AUGGAGUGCUACACAUCGGACAGCUGCGACAGUGACAGCAGGGAGCAGAAAACACUUGAUCUAUCAAGCAAAUUGCUCGACUCAAUAAACAUAUCGACCGAAUUAAAAUGUAUUAUCGAUGAGAAAGAUUGUGCGGAAAAUUACGAGAUUAUUCUUCUCUAUAGUAAUCGAAUAAAAGCGUUGCCUGAGUCUAUAAACAAGUUCUGCAACUUGAAGAUACUCGAUGUUAGUAAUAACAGAUUAGCAGUUCUCCCAGAUCUGCUCAAAAACUGUCCACUGACAUCCCUUAUCGCCAAGCACAACCAACUUACAAAUGAAUCGUUACCCAAGAGCUUCUUUUCAACAAGAAACACACUCAGGGAACUCAAUUUAAGUGGAAAUCAACUAAAUUUCUUUCCAGAACAAGUAUUAGAUUUAAAUUCUCUUAAAUAUCUAUAUUUAGGAGGUAACAAUAUAGCCAACAUACCAAAGGAUAUCUGGAAACUUAACAGCCUGCAGAUACUUUCAAUUGGAGGCAAUCAAAUAGUUGAGGUGCCAGAGUCAGUUGGCGCGCUUACUUCGCUUCAAGCAUUAGUUUUGAGUGACAACCUCAUUGAGCAGCUACCAGCAAGUAUCGCUAAUUUGAAGCAGCUGCGUUCUUUAUUAAUACACAAAAAUAAACUUAAGACUCUACCGCCACAAAUAAUUAAAUUAAAAUGUUUGACAGAGUUGAGUCUCCGAGAUAACCCGCUAGUAGUCAGAUUCGUUAAAGACAUGACGUUGCAAACACCUUCCCUGUUAGAACUUGCGGGACGGACUAUAAAACUUUACGAGAUUCCAAUAAGAGCUGGAGAAGUGCCCCUUACAUUGAUAAAAUAUUUAAAAGCAGCUGAGCGUUGCGUUAAUCCAAAAUGCAAAGGUGUUUUCUUCGAUAACCGUGUGGAACACAUUAAAUUUGUAGACUUUUGCGGCAAGUAUCGUAUACCUCUUCUUCAAUACUUGUGCAGUUCUAAAUGUAUUACUGGAAGCUGGGAGAGCCGUGAAGUGGAUAACAACGCUAAUACUCACAUGAUGCGUAAAGUCUUGCUUGGUUGA